AUCCGCCGUUUUCAGGGGAUUCUAUUGAGACUCGAGGCUUUUUUAUACCAUCAGUCCAUUACUUUGUUUGCACUAAAACUCCCCUCAUGUCUGAACUAUCCAGUGCUGCGGCCGCUAUAGUCGCCAACGCGACCAAGAAGCUCAGGGAAGAAGGCGAGGCGGCCAAGAGUCGUCUCCUAGAUCAGCAAUUCCAUAUCAGCCGCUAUGCAGACCCCUUGGUUCUACGGAAGGCGGCAGACCGUCAGUUUUGGCCAAAGGAUGUGACUGUAGAGAUGGAAAAAAGAUGGCUUGCUAUGAUUAAGGAGCUUCGGUCCGUUUAAGCUAUGAGAUUGGGUUUGGAGUUUGGCAGACGGACGGACGGACGGACAGGGGAGGAUACUAAUGCGCCAAGCUUGCAUUUUACGAUUACAUGAUAAUGAAACGACUCAUUGGCUUGGAGCUAUUCAAACAGCUGGCUUCAUGAUUGCUAUUCUAUCU